AUGGGAUCGGAAAACGAUUCUCUAUUACCGCCUUUUAGAAAUAAAACUCCCAUUAAUCCAGAUAAUGCUACUAAUCUAGAGACAGCUGUGAAUGAUGUGUACGAAGCUAUAAUCGAUAAUGAUCAAGACUAUGAUAAUUCAACCAAUGAAGACAUAACGUGGUUAAGAGAACAACGUACGCUUAAUAAAACCACACAUUGGUUGAAAAGACCAAGUGUAAUCAUGUUAGGUAUUAUACCAUUCUUAUUUGCUUUAGCAACUUCAAGUGGUGAAUCAACAAGACAAGUGAUCACUUUAAAAUUGGCAUGUAACUUCCUUAGUGAAAAGGAUGAAAAUGGUGGUAUCAUCAAACAAUGUAAUGCUACGGAUGCUCAAUUAUUAAUGUCCAAUCUUCAAAUGUGUUUUAGUGUCUGUUCAGGUAUCAUCACUUUAAUAGCUCUGGGGAAAAUAGGCCCAUUAUCAGAUCAAUAUGGUAGAAGAUUAUUUAUAAUCAUCUCAGUAUCAUUCUUUUUCCUUGGAAGAACUUUAAAAUUCUUAUUAAUGUAUCAUUUCACUAGUUUAAAAUUUAUACCCAUGGUCUUUUUUGAAAUCUUAACUAAUCUUGGAGGUGGAAGUAUAUCAUUAGUAACAUUAUCAAAUUGUUAUAUUUCAGAUGUGGUUGAACCUCAUGAAAGAAUUUACUCAUUGGGUUUGGGUAUCGCUUCAUUAUUCAUUGGUUUUAGUACUGGACCUUUAAUUGGUAAUUUCUUAUUAUCAUUAUCUACUAAAAUGUCAAAUAGUAUUGAUAUUAAUACAACCAUCGCAGAGGGUGAGUUUGUACCUUUAAAAUUUGAAUUAUGCAUAUAUGCCAUCGUCGCUUUGUAUUCCAUCUUUGUAUUACCAGAAUCAAGAUCAGCAAAGGCAAGAAGAAAAUCUAGAAGCUUAUCAAUAAGUCUGAGUUCUUCAUUAAUCUUAACUUCUCCUCAUCUUGCCAGCCAAGAAGAUACACCUACAUCUAUUCAAAAGUUCAUUAACCAAAUUAAUUUCUUGAAACCAUUAAGAUUGUUGUUAUUACCUGAAGAAGUAGUUAAUCGCCAAAAUAUGAGUAGAGUUAACAAAGAUAGAGCAGCAGUUAUGAUGCUUAUCAUAAGUGACUGUAUUUUAGCUGUCACCGGUAUAUCAUUGGGAGAAAUAAAUAUCUUAUAUGGUAUUUAUAACUUUGGUUGGAGUCAAAGAGAUAUUGGUCACUUAUUAGCUAUUGGUUUUUCUACUAAAGCUACUGUUUUGAUCAUCUUGUGUCCUAUUAUUAAUCAUAAAGUUUUCCAAAAAGGGUUCAAAUUCAAAGUUAUGAGAAAACAAUUUGAUAUGGUUGAUUUCUCCAUGAUUUAUCUUGGAUUAUCAUGUGAAGCUCUUGGAUUGUUAUUAUUAAUGUUUAUGCCAACUACUCAUACAUUCUUCGCUGGUAUCAUGUUAGCUGGAUUAGGAUCAAUUUCGUCUCCCGCAUUGAAUUCCUCUGUCAUUAAGUUUUAUCCUGAAUCAAAGAUUGGUGAGUUAUUUGGAGCCAUUGCUUUGUUAAAGAAUCUUUUGGUUAUUUUAGGUCCAGUCACAUUCCUCUCCAUUUAUAAAUAUGCCUUGGAGUAUUGGAAUAAACCUGGUGCUGUGUUUUUUGUGGCUGGUAGUAUUAUGUUUUUCAAUUCUAAUUUAGUUAUGAUUGUGAAACGAGUUUUGAAUUUAACUAGCCAUAGUGAACCGGAAUUAUUAACCAGAAGCAAUUCAAGAGUUUCACUUUUUGAAGAUUCAAUAGGACCACUUGCUACAGAUAUGGGACCCUCAGACAGUGCUUCAAGUACUCCAACUCAACCAACCUAUACUGAGUUACAUAGGAAAAGUAGCUUCUUACGUAAGGAAAGAACAGUUCAAGAUUAA